AUGCUAUCACUUCAUCGAAAUUCUUUGAAACUGAUAGUGAAUAACUCAGCUGCGGCAAGUCAUUACCUAAGGUCUGGAGGUACUAGUUUUUUUAAAUAUUGCCGUAAGUCUUCUAUACCAAAACUCACUAUACCUUAUAGAAGUACUUGUAGGCAUUACACUUCUAGAACUGAUCAAAACGAUUCAAGGUACAAAAAAAAUUAUGAAUAUGAUAGAACCGAAGACAAGCCAAUGUACGGGCAUUACAUUGGUGGUGUUGUGGCGUCACUAUUCAUUGGUGGGUUAAUAGUAAGUCCGGGGUUUAGACAAAAUACUGUUGAUACAAUACUAAUAGCCGAAAGAGUAGGCGUCGUCACAGUUGCAAUGGUGCGUUGCUUUUCCCUUUAUCUAUGGACACUAAAUGGUAGAUACACUUCAGAACAAGAAUACUACAGAGCUUUAUCUCAAACGCAUCAAAAGGCAGCAGAUAUCACUCUUGAUGCACUUAGGAAAAAUGGUGGUAUUUACAUAAAGUUAGGCCAACAUAUCAGUGCUAUGACUUAUUUACUCCCUUCUGAAUGGACAGAAACAAUGACAUGUCUACAGGAUGAGUGCCCUGAAUCUACAUUAGAAGAAAUAAUUGAAAUGUUUGAAUAUGAUACAGGCAAAAACUUCAACGAUUUUUUCUCUGAUUUUGAUACAAAACCUCUUGGUGUUGCAUCUCUUGCUCAAGUUCACCGAGCAGUUUUGAGGGACACGGGUGAAGAAGUUGCAGUCAAGCUUCAGCAUCCAUCUUUAUCAAAAUUUGUCCCACUAGAUGUCAGAUUGACCAAAUUUGUUUUUGACAUGAUGUAUAAAGUUUUCCCCGAAUAUCCUUUAACAUGGUUGGGUGAUGAAAUGCAGGACUCCAUCUUUGUUGAGCUUGACUUCAGAUAUGAAGCACUUAAUGCGAAAAAAACACAGGAAUACUUCAAGGAUUAUCUCAAACUCACUGCCCUUCGUGUUCCUGAUGUAUACACCUCUUUGCCAAGAAUUUUGAUUAUGGAAUUCAUUUCUGGUGCGAGACUGGAUGAUCUCAAGUAUCUUGAUGAGCAUAAAAUUUCAAGAGCUGAAGUCAGUGCUUGCUUAGCUCACAUUUUCAAUAACAUGAUUUUCAAGUCCGGAUUUGUACAUUGUGAUCCACAUCAUGGAAAUAUUGCCAUAAGAUACUUAAAAAAACCAAAAAAUGGACAUAAUUUUGAAAUUAUUUUAUACGACCAUGGAUUAUAUCGUACUAUUCCAGAAACAAUGAAGGUUGAUUAUGCCAAGUUUUGGUUAGCUUUGAUUGACAAGAAUCAACAAGAUAUGAAAAUUUAUGGUAAAAAAUUUGCACAAAUUGAUGACUCUCAUUUCCCAUUGUUUGCUGCAGCAAUCACUGGUAGAGAUUUUGAUCAUGCAUUAACGGGUGAUAUCCAAGCUGAAAGGUCGCAGGAUGAGAUUGAAAAGAUGAAACAGGCAAUGAUGGACGACGGAAUGGUCCUAAAUUUGAUGUCUCUCCUUGCUACCGUUCCUAGAAUUGUGUUAUUGAUUCUAAAGACUAAUGAUUUGGUGAGGCAUCUAGACGAAUGUUUGAAGAACCCUUUAGGCCAGGAAAGAACAUUUUUCAUUAUGGCAAACUAUUGCGCUUACACUGUUUAUCAAGAUGACAUGUUGCAGAACUCCAAAUAUAAUAAGAAAUGGAGCAUUAACUGGAUUCUUGGUUUUUGCACCUCCCUGACAACAUACUAUAAACACACCCUACAGUUGUUCUUGUACGACCUUGUUUUCUCUGUCACAAACUUAUUUUAG